ACUUCGGAAUCAGAAAUUGACGGCCCAGAUUCACCCUCGAACACCAUACCUAAAAAUUAGGUCAUUGAUCAACAACACCAGUGUACAAAGUCAGAGAGAAAGAGAGAGGGGACCGAGAUACAAAAUUCCACCGGAAAGCCCCUCUUGUUAUAUUUAAUCAUGGGAACAUACAAGUACUUGUCAGGGAUAAUGAGGAACAAGCAGUUAGAUAUGGUGAGGCUUUUGGCAGAAAUGAAGUGUUGGAAUUACACACAAAACCGUUCCAUUCUUCAUGCCUUGCGGCCUUUGCAGACCCAUGAGGCUCCUCGGCUGGGCAAUGAGGCAAAUCAGUUGCUCCUUCUAUUGAAGUCAGGUAGUGCUGGACGAUCAACUUUUCAAGCAAACCGCAUGACUAAGGAUGUACUUGGAGUUAAUGGAAUCCCGGUUCUAUAUAGACAGUUUUCUACUAGAGAUUGUAUUCCCCGGUUACCAUUUCUACUCAAAGAAAAAUAUGGGGCAAACACCAUGAUUCCAUUCUCCACUAGAUCCAUUUCAUCAAAAGCUUCAGAGCGACCAAGGCAAAAUAAAUCAGAGAAGCAGAAGGGUCAAAGUGGAUCAGAGACUAAAAAAGACAUAUCAACGGUUGAGGAUGUCUUUGAUGCUCCUACAUAUAAUAUCCCAGAGAAGCCUGUGACAUUUGUAGAGGGGGCUUCCUACACUGCUAUCAUUAUUAUAGGGCUUGGAAUUGCAGCUGCUGCUGGAUAUGCUGUUUUUAAAGAGCUUAUCUUUCAACCAAAAGAAUACAAGGUCUUUAACAAGGCUCUGAAGAGGAUUCAAGAUGACAGCCAGGUUAGGGUGAGGAUUGGAUCCCCAAUUACAGGCUAUGGUCAGGAAAGUAGAAAUCGUGCUGCUCGCCAACGUAUUCCUCAUAAGACAUGGACUGAUGAAGAAGGUGUAGAGCAUGUGGAGAUUAAUUUUUUUAUCCGUGGGCCCCAUGGAACUGGGAAAGUUUACUCUGAGAUGUUCAAGGACCAAGUGGACAAGCAGUGGAAGUACACAUAUUUGAUUGUUGAGAUCAGAUCUCCAACCCCUUCACAAUUGAUUCUAGAGUCAUAUAUGCCGGCUUAUAACGUGGAAAAGUAGUCAGAUUGUAGCAAGGUUUUCUUUCUGUACCAAGUAACAUGGACCGCCCUUGUCUUGUUAAUAGUUAUCCUCCUCUUAAUUUUUUCUUUACGCUUUGGAAAGGGUUUAGUUUGAAUUUUGAAGUCCAAUUUUUAUUUGCUACCAAGAGGAAUCAUAUAGGAUGGGAACUAGACCACCUGCUUGGCAAAUUUCAUAAGAUUAUCCCCAAAAAAAGAAGAUUGAUUGAUUGGAAUGGUUCAUACCUUUUGUUGCCUAUGUAUCAAGUUAGGUACGCUGAUUGUUUCAGGAUUAUCUGCAUUUGACACUGACCUUUGGCAGACCUAGGUUGUAUGAAGGGAAAGCUUGAAUAAAAUCAAUUCCAAGCACAUCUCUUUUA